AUGAAACGCACUUACGAGGUAUAUCUCUCAUUGAGUUUUGAUACCAGGACUAACAACGCGAAGAACGCACUCAAACUCCUUGAAACCAGAAGACGUAAAGCCCGACCGACGAGCCGACCGACGAGUCUGACGACUCCGGUUUCCACCAUUCAAGAUACCACGACAGUGAAUGGGAAUUCUCUCAAAGGCGUGCCGAGCUUGGUUGGAAUGAAGGAAUGGCUGCAAAGUUUAGGACACUCAGAUAACGCGGUAAACAGGUUGAAUGUCAUCCAUGUCAGCGGCACGAAGGGGAAGGGUAGCACCUGCGCUUUUACACGCAGCUUCCUUCGUGCACAUAGCGUGAGAACAGGGUUUCCCAAGAAGAUUGGGCUCUAUACCGGGCCACAUUUGCAAUGCGUUCGCGAACGAAUACAAAUUGAUGACCAUCCAGUCACGGAAGAACUGUUUACCCGAUAUUUCUUCGAAGUGUGGGAUCGCAUUAUGCCUGCGGAUAUAGAACUGAGUGCGGGAGUCGCAAAGCAGCCCCGAUACCUGCAGUUUCUCGCCCUACUGGCUUUCCACACCUUCAUCAAAGAAGAGGUUGAUGCGGCAAUAUUCGAGGUCCACCAUGGCGGAGAGUAUGAUGCAACAAACGUAAUACGAAAUCCCGUUGUAACUGGAAUCACGUCUCUUGGAAUGGACCAUGUUGCACAGCUCGGACCUACCAUCGAGACAAUUGCUUGGCACAAAGCAGGAAUAUUUAAACCAGGUGCACCUGCCUUUUCCGUAACCCAGGACCCUGGGCCCGCGGAAGUUAUGCGAAAGCGUGCUCUUGAUAAAGGCACAACUUUGACGUUCGUGCCAGCAAAUGAGUGUCUUCCCACCGAUGGUAGAGUACUCAGCGUCCCAGUACAACGAUUGAACUGCUCCUUAGCGCUUGAGCUCACUAAAGCAUUUCUUCGAACCAAGACACCCGGCCAUACACUUAGUGAUGCAGACAUCUACCAUGGUGUGCAAAGUUUCCGGCUCACAGGGAGAUUUGAGAUUAUAGAUGAAGGGAAGUUACAAUGGUUUGUGGAUGGGGCGCACAACGUUCUCAGUUUAGACCAAACUGCAGAAUGGUUUGCCAGGAACGUGAACAAUGAGCAGAAAAACAAGGUGAAACCUGGCCAUGUCAUUUUUACCACAUAUCAAGAGAAAGAUGGUGACCCUAUCGGUAAGUAA